UCGACCUUUUUGCAUUGUCACCUUCUGGCAAGAAAACGAACGACCAUCAAAAGAAGUGAAGACCAGUUUACGCUGUACGUCAACCCGACUGAUCAUUGUUGCAAAAUGCUCCUGUUUUCUACUAAUUCGAGAAUUGGACAUGAACUGGUGUUUGUAAAUUACCUUGGCGAAGUAUUUGAUUUUAUUUUGUCCAAAAUUUCCAUGAAACGGAAGAAGGAUCAAGCAAACCGCCUUGACAAAUGCGAGGAGCCCGAAGAACUACUUGUAGCAAAUCUUUUCUCGUAAUUUUUUGCCUCUAUGCUCAUCUUAUUCCCAACUGUUGCUAAGUAUUCUUUGUUUGUUAUUUUGGUGUAUUAACUCAUGCAAAUAUUGCGUACGAUCUGUUGUCCUCAUUUAACUAAUAAACUAAUUGUGUAUAAAAUACUUUGCUCUAUG